AUGGUAACGGUUCGUGAACGGUAUAGAGCGCUGGUGGCGGCGGCGGCGGGCGCGGCGGGGCGGCAGGACGAGGAGGCGUACCAGGCGGAGGUUGCGCGGACGCUGGAGGGGCUGGCGGAGGUGCGGGAGGCGGUGCAUACGCUGGGGCUGUUCAGCCGCAACGAGGGCGUGGAGGACGUGGCGACGGGGACGCUGGAGCUGCUGGCGCUGGACUGGCAGCUGGCGCGGGUGGCCGCUCGGCGGUACCGGCGCGGGGCGGACGCGCGCCGGUGGCGGUUGCGGUGCCUGGAGGAGGCGGUGCAGUUUGCGAUGCAGUUCCUAGUGGGACUGCAGGACUACGGCGUGCUGGACGAGGCGCUGUCCAAGCGGCUGGACGGCUUCGAGAAGACGUUCCGGCCGCGGGUGGAGGAGAUGUACCCGCAGCCGCAGUCCGCGCGCGACCUGGGCGGUGCGCACCUGCGGCGCGAGGCGAAGAUCGCGCAGUUCCGGCGGGUGCGGGAGCUGGAGGCGCAGCUGGAUGAGCUGGAGGCCCGCCGCGCAGCGGCGGGUGCGGAUGAGGAGCUCGAGCGCCGGCUGUGGCUGGCGCAGCUGCAGCAGAUGUCAUACGAGUGUUUUGGUGAGUUGGAGGGCUGGUUGAUGGAGAUGGAGCUGCUGCGCAACACGGAGCCCGCGGACGAGCCCGCGGCGGCGGCACAGGCGACGCCGGACUCCCAGGAGUACACAGAGAAGCUAGAGUCGCUCCAGAAGCCGCUGCUUUCCAAGUACGGCAAGGUGCUGCGCAACUUCACGCUGGUGGACCAGCGAGACCGAGUGAAGGAGCGCGUGCUUGGCUACGGCCAAUAUGGGCCCACGAUGACAGUUGAGGAGUUCCUGGAGCAGGAGUUCGAGAGCGGGAGGGUCCUGCAGGGAGGCGAGGAGCCGGAGGAAGUGCCUGAUGAGGACAACGAGGAGUGGCAGGACAAGCAAACGUAUAAGGAACGGGAGUGGGACGAGUUCAAGGAGGCCAACCCGAGGGGCAGCGGCAACACCAUGAACAAGGGCUAA